GAAGUUAUUUUGCACUUUGCAAAUUAUAAAAAUAGUGUAAAACGUUUGUGUUGAUGGAAUAAUAGGCCACAACAGUAAGUUGUCAGUGUGCUGAUUGUCUGUUAUCAAUAAUUGGACACCCCGUUAUCGCUAUUCAUAAUUUUAUCAAAACUUACUACAAUGAAUAAUCAAAAGACUGAUAGAUACAAUCAUUUCACUUACCUAUUACAUUACUCAUUACUGGCUAUAGGUGGCCGUCAAAUUAAGUUAGUACUGCUCUUGAAUGUGUUGCGUUUGUUCAAAAUUAUAUUUAUUAUAAAAACAGCUCAACAUUUUUAUUUUAUUUCCUUAAAAACCAGUUUUAUUAUAACAUUUAACAAUAAUUUGUAUAGUGCAAUGAUCGAACAAAACGACUGUUACCAGUAAUGCGAUUAGACAUUUGUCUACUCCUUUAUCUCCGGCGUAUAGCAAAGUGUAUUAUGAUUUGCAAAAUGUCCAAUGUUUCGUCCUACAUAGAAUAAAUGUUUCGUCCAGAUUUGGUUCAUCUUAGAUAUUUGUGUUGCAGAACUAUAUACUACCAUCUUACAUACUAUAAAAGACAAUCAAAGUUUUUUCAUUCCAAACCUCAAGAAAUUUUAAUGAACAAAUUAAUUGAGCUCAAUGAAAAAAGUAGGCUACAGGCUAUAUCUUUAGCUGUCAGACUGAUCGCUAACGGAUGUGUUAUAGCUUUGCCCACGGACACCGUGUACGGAUUAGCAACAGACGUACAUAAUUCUUCAGCUAUCAGUAAACUAUACAACGUCAAAGGUCGUGACCCCAGCAAACCAAUUGCAAUCUGUACACACAAUGUGAAUGAUAUUGGCAAUUGGGGUAAAACCGAUCACUUGCCUUACGGUCUUUUGGACGCAAUACUUCCCGGACCUGUAACUGUUGUGUUAGAUAGAACCGAAAUACUGAAUAGUGAUCUGAAUCCGGGAGAAACAAAAGUUGCUAUUCGUGUGCCGGAUAGUGGCUUUAUUUGUGACAUUGUGUCCUAUCAUAAAAAACCUAUCACUCUUACGAGUGCCAACGAGAGUAACAAGACAAGUACGUUGAAACCAGAAGAAUUCUCUACGCUGUGGCCAAAAAUUGAUGCUAUAUUUGACGGAGGACCUAUCGGCAGUUCGUCAUUGUCACGUCUAGGUUCUACCAUAGUAGAUUUGUCAACACCUAAUCAUUUCAGUAUAUUAAGAGAUGGUUCUGCUCUUCUACCCACUGUCCAUGUAUUAAAUAGUUUUGGCCUAAGACAUUUGUAA